UGAUGCCGGUGCUCGAUGCCGGUGGUGCCGAGAGGCCGCCCCCGCCCCGCCCGCCGCCCGCCCCGCCCCGGGCCGUCCCCGCCCCCGCCGGCUGCUAUUUCUGCUAAUCCCGGCGCGGGCCCGGCCGUGCCGCUCGGCAGCCGCCGCUCCCGGACGGCGCCCGGCGCCGCAGCCAUGGCCAUGUGGUGUGUGGGGGUCCUGCCUCCCCCAGAAGACCCCAAGGAGCGGCAGGGUGCCCAGGGGGAAGGUCCCUGUCCUUGUCCCCCAGAGUGCCAGGAGCUGGCUGCCAUCCCCGCGCCACAAGCUAUAAAGCGUUUCCUGAAGGAGGACUCGGAGGAGGCUGAGCUGACCCAGCUCCUGCGGGAUUGCCCACCGACAGACAGCCCCAGGAAGGUGGAGACCCCGGAGAGCCGGCGGGAGCCCGGCCACCCCCUCUCUGGUGUGAGCAGGGUCCCCCCUGACGAAGCCAUCGACGAGAGGGACACCAGGAUCUUCUCACGCUCUCGGCCCUUGGAUUUCCAGCAGCACAUCACCGCCCCCCCGCCGCCCAGCCCCAACCGCCCGCGGAGCCCCUGGGGGCAGCUGGACCCCUACGACUCCUCCGAGGAUGACAAGGAGUACGUGGGCUUUGCCACACUGCCCAACCAGGUCCAUCGCAAGUCGGUGAAGAAGGGCUUUGACUUCACCCUCAUGGUGGCAGGGGAAUCCGGGCUGGGCAAGUCCACCCUGGUCAACAGCCUCUUCCUGACGGACAUGUACAGGGACCGCAAGCUGCUCAAUGCCGAAGAGCGCAUCACGCAGACAGUGGAGAUCACCAAGCACGUGGUGGACAUCGAGGAGAAGGGUGUCAAGCUGCGCCUGACCAUCGUGGACACGCCGGGCUUUGGUGACGCUGUCAACAAUACCGAGUGCUGGAAGCCAGUUGCUGACUACAUCGACCAGCAGUUCGAGCAGUAUUUCCGUGAUGAAAGCGGCCUCAACCGCAAGAACAUCCAGGACAACCGCGUCCACUGCUGCAUCUACUUCAUCUCCCCCUUUGGUCACGGCCUUCGGCCCCUGGACGUGGAGUUCAUGAGAGCCCUGCACCAGCGGGUGAACAUCGUGCCGGUGCUGGCCAAGGCUGACACCCUGACCCCCACCGAGGUGGAGCGCAUGAAGAACAAGAUCCGGGAGGAGAUUGACCAGUACGGCAUCCGCAUCUACCAGUUCCCCGAGUGCGACUCAGAUGAGGAUGAGGAGUUCAAGCUGCAAGACCAGGCUCUGAAGGAAAGCAUCCCCUUCGCCGUCAUUGGCAGCAACACAAUCGUGGAGGCCAAAGGCCGGCGCGUCCGUGGGCGCCUCUACCCCUGGGGCAUCGUGGAAGUGGAGAACCCAUCGCACUGUGACUUCGUGAAGCUGCGGACGAUGCUGGUGAGGACCCAUAUGCAGGACCUGAAGGACGUGACGCGGGAAACCCACUACGAGAACUACCGCACACAGUGCAUCCAGAGCAUGACCCGCAUGGUGGUGAAGGAGAGGAACCGCAACAAGCUGACGCGAGAGAGUGGGACCGAUUUCCCCAUCCCUGUCAUCUCCCCGGUGCCAGACGCAGAGACAGAGAAACUCAUCCGGGAGAAGGACGAGGAGCUGCGGCGGAUGCAGGAGAUGCUGCAGAAGAUCCAGAAGCAGAUGAAGGACUCACACUAGCCCCCUCCUCCUCCUCCUGCUCCUUGCCACCCCCCCCAGAUCAGAAAUGUUUACAUCACGCUCCAUCCUGCCCCGUUACCAACACCGCACCCUCCACCUUACGCUGCUGCGGUAUCGCCUUAGCCAACUGGCCAGCACCCAGCCCGUGGGGACAGCGAGGGGACUGGCCACCCAGCCCGGGGGUCCCUUGUCUCGGCCAGAUGCUGCCCCAGCCACUCCCCAUGGGCUGGGGACAGCUCUGUCCCCCAAGCUUUGGCUUUCUCUGUGCCGCCUGCUGCUCAGGGCAGGGCCACUGGCCAGCCUGCUCCCCAGUCGUGUCCCUUGUCCCCGUGUCACCUCGGGCUGCCUGCUUACCACUCUUACACUCAGCUUGGCCCUGGCUUAAGUGGGGGAGCAAUCCCAGCCCCUCCAUCUGCCCUGCUGUUGGGGACAGAGUUGCUCCCCCCCAGGCCUUGGCUGACACAGGGGGACAGUCCCUUAAGAAAGUCCCUUGAAGCCCAAAUCAGAGGUUGGCUCCCCAGCCUGGCCCCCCGGAACGCUGGACCUGCAAAGCAAUAACAACCAUCACGUGCCCGCGGCGCUGCCCGGCCUGCGGUGACAGCAUCGUUCCUCGCUGGUGUGUUAGCCUCUGGUGUCACUCGCUUGUCUGUGGUGUCCCUGUGUGGCUCCAGUAUGUCCCCACUGUGCCCUGACACAGCAGCACUGUGUGUCCCUGUGUGUCCCCCAAGGAUGUCCCCAUCCAUGUUGCUUCCUAGCAAAGCACUGCUGUGUGUCCCCAUGUCCCCCAGGGAUGUCCCCAUCUGUAUGGCAGUCCCACAAAGUACUAUUUUGUGCCCCUGUGUCCCCCCAGGAUGUCCCCAUCUGUGUUGCUGCUCUGCAGAACACUGUGCUGUGUCCCUGUGUCCCCCGCAGGGGUGUCCCUGGGUAUGGGGAGAGAUGACGGGACAGCGAAGCUGCAGGGUGGAGGCAGAACUGGGAGCAGUGGGAUCACUGGGAGCUCACUAGAGUGGAGACGUGUCCCCUCCCUAGCAGGGCCACCUGAGCCAUGGUCCCCCAGGAGGUCACCCCUGGGCGAGGGGGUUGCACACCAAGGGCUCUGCUGACGGGGGCUGUGCUGGGGGUGGGUGCUGCAGGGUGCUGGGGCAGCGUCCGUGUGUGUCACCCAUGUCCCCGUGCCAGGCAGAGGGUCCCUUGGCCCCCGCGGGCAGGGACCCCCCUGCCAUGGCAGGACCCUGCAGGGUGGAUUAGCGCUUUCCUUUUUUUAAUCUUGCUAUUUUCUUACACAAGUACCUCCCUUUGCAUGGCGGUCAGAGAAGCAUUUAUUCAGGGAGAAGCAGAGUAUAGGUUUAUAAAUUCUUACAGAGCUAGUGGAAAUAUUUUUAAUCCCUCCACAACCAUUCUCAAUAAAUACGGCUGACCCGG